AUGAACCUCAUUGCCCAGUUUCUGUUUUCAAAGUCCAAGAGCAUUAAAGCGCUCAAGAAGACUUCUUCAGAAGAAGAGGAAUAUGAUCCCUUUUGGAGAAGUUGGCACAGUGGUGUGGAAAGAGAUCAGCAGAGGCAUCAGCCCGUGAGAGAUGAUUCCCAAAGGCAGAGGGUUGACCCGAUCAGGAAUGGAUAUCCGGGACUUCGGCAGAGGUCUAUAAACCCAGAAAGGCUUAAGGACUUCGGGGAGGAUGAGUACCUGGGCAAAGAUGUUAAGACUUGGGAAGUGACAGUAACAGGCCACUCAGAGAAACUGCUCAGCACUGCCCAGAAUGUGCCACCACAAAAGACCAGCAAGUCUCCUGAAGCAAGCAGCAGUCAAGCUCCAUUUGAGGACAUUAGGGCAGCAGCCUUUAAAAUCCAGCAUGGAAUCCAGAAAACCCCUUGCACGUAUUCCAGGCUCUCAAAGCAAUAUGGGAUGGAAAUCUACCUGAAGAAGGAAUACCUGCACCACACGGGCAGCGUGAAGGAGCGAGGAGUGUGGUACCUGUUGACAUCACUCUCACAGGAACAGCAGAGGAAGGGUGUGAUCCUGGCAUCGGACAACAACUUCACCAAGGCCGUGGCUCACCAUGCCUCUGAACUCCACAUCCCAGUGUUUGUCAUCCUGUCUACCAGCACCCCACCAGGCAGAGUCAAAGCCUGCCGUGAGUACGGUGCUAUGGUGAUCACCUAUGGGUGCAACAUAAAGGAUUCCCAAAGCCAUGCUCAGAAACUGGCCAGUGAGAACAGCUAUCUCUAUCUGCAGGAGGAAGACAGCACGCCAUACCUGGCAGGACUGGGAACCAUGGGGCUCGAAGUUUAUGAGCAGGUGAACAAACUGGAUGCCAUUAUUCUGCCAGCGGGUGGAGAACGCCUUAUCCUGGCAGGGGCUGCAGCUCCCAUCAAACACCUAAACCCGGCUAUUACUGUUAUUUGUCUGCCAGUGACAACUAGUUGUAUUUACAUGCAGGGUGUGGAACCUGAGAAAUAUCCCACUGCACAACAAACCCUCGGGAAGGACCCUACUCCAAAGGCAUUACCUUGCACCAACCACAAAUUCUAUGGAGAAUUGUUCAACUCAUCUUCUGGCAACAAUGCCUUUCAGAUGACUGAGAAACUAGUAGAUAAAGUUGUUACUGUUAAGGAAGCAGACAUCCUGCUCUCCAUUCUUCAAAUCAUGGAGUAUGAAAGGUCAACUGUGGAUGCCAUGGGAGCUAUUGGCCUUGCUGCUGUGAUUGCUGGAAAACUACCAGAACUCAAAGGCAAGAGAGUGGUCAUUCCACUUUGCAGUGGGAAUUUGGAUGUUCCACUAAUGCGUCAAUGUCUGGACAGGGCCUUGGUUCUAGACAACAAGCUGUGCAAGUUCUCCAUUCAAGUGUGUGACUGCACUGGAGAUCUUGCAAAACUACUCGAGGUACUCGCCCGUGCAGAAGUAAGGGUGCUGGAUGUUAUUCAGGAGCGCUUUUUUGUCACCUCAGCUAUUUUCAACAUUAAGGUCACGUGUGUUAUCGAGGUCCGAGACAGAUCGCAAAUGGUGCAGGUGGAGAGAACGCUGAGGGAACGCUACACCACGUUCACCUGGCAGGAACAGUCUGAAGACUGAGAUGAAGAAAAGAAAGUAAAGGUUGCUACAGGCAGAGAACAACGUCUGGCACAUGGUGCUUUUCACUUGUAGUUUAGGCAGCCUGUCUCUGUGGUUGUUCAUUUCUGAUGAGCCGUUGCAGGUAAUGCCAUCUUGCCAACCGUAGCAAGGUCGGCCUUUUCUCAGUGUCAGCUGCGACACGAUUCUCACCUAUGAGUUAGAAGCCCCACAAAGAGACUAGAGCACAAAAUCCAGGCUGAAACUCGAGUGCAGCACUGAGGAAGUGCAGCAUUGGCAGAAGUACAAUUGUUUGAUGUGAAAUAGAAAUGAAGCCUUGUCUUUUCUCAGUUGGAUGUAUACCCUUAAGUACAAGUCUUCUGAAGAGCAAUGGGAUUUGCCAUUGUGUCCUGGCCUUGACUUACUCAUCAUUACAUUACAACUUAUGGGACCUUGAUUGGAAUGCAUUCUAGG